ACAGUUUUAUUGAAUUCCACCAGCUCUCAGUACACAAAUAGGAGCUGACGAGGUUGGCUGUAUUAAUCAACGUAUCGAUGCACGGCGUGCUUCUCAUAUCGUACUCGUUGACCAAUGAGAUAUUAAUUGCUAUUUGCUCUCAGUACAUGACUAGUUGCUAGACAAUACGCAAGAAAUUCCGCUUGUGUAAUUAAAUAAGCAAACUUGUGGGGUUUUAAGGAAAGGGUCGAUGAGGACAAGACCAUCUGUGCUUUUCUAUCCUACUCUUAUUUUUUUAUGUCAUUGUGGCUGGAGAUGCAUAAUGCUUAACCUUUACAAGAUUCAAAGAUUGGAUAACUAAAACACGAAAAGCAUGAUCAGGUCACCAGUGAUUUAAGAAGUAUUGUAUAUCUUUAUUAUUAAGUACCUAGUGAGACAUGGUAGGCUGAUGUUGAACAGUUACUGUGGAAAUCCUGACAAAUACAACAGUGGAUAUGCGCACAGAAUAAAUCUGUUACCAACAUUCUUCUAGUACAUUGAAUAUUAAACUGUGCUUUUAGCAGAUGAAGCAGAAAAACAAAUAUUAUACUCAUUUUAUCUAUAAAAGCAGACCAAAAUUUCUAUAAAAAAAAAGUGGAUUGGCUGUAAUAGUUGGAAUAGUUUUCUCAUCAGAAUGAGAAUGACUGGGCUAGAUUUAAUUUUGGCGAUCACUGUAUUAUAUGCAACUUCUAUGGAAUCUGUUAAUGCACAGAAUUUAGUUUCAAUAAUGAUGUCAGAUGAUCAAACUCUAGUGGAAGGAGAGACGGCAAAAUUCUAUUGUACAACUGACAUGACAGAAAGGACUUAUUGGAACUGGAAAAAAGAUAACAAAAUUAUUGGUGAAGAAAGAGACUUGCGGGUAUAUGUUAGCUUAAUUGCUGAUAAUAUGCUACAGCUAAUGAUAGCAAAAGUCCAAGUUGAAGAUGCAAAUUAUAAUUUCCAAUGUUGUAUCAAAACAAAUGAAAUGCUGGUAGAGAAAUGUAAAAAUUUGAGGUUUCCAUCAAUUCUUGAAGUACCACAUGACACUUAUCCAACGUGUGAACUGAACAAGAAUCCUGCAAUUGUUGGUGAACUAGCAACUGUUGAAUGUUGUUGUGAAGUUAUCAACCCGAUGCCAACUUUAACAUGGGUUGGGGUUUCAUCGGUUGAACGUAAUAUCCAUGAUAAACUCGAAUGCAUCUCACAUACAUUCAAGGUGAAACGAGAUCACGAGAAAGAGCCAAUGGUGUGCGAAAUGACAACAAAUACAACAAAGAGAAUACAGAGAAACUGCACCAGCGGGAAAAUUCAAGUUCUGUACAAGCCAGAUGUAAAGAUACAGGGUGAUCUGCCAUUCCAAAAAGAUACUGAAGUGGUUUUGAUUUGUAUAGCGGUGGCCGAUCCGCCUGACAGAAAAUACCAUUGGUCUUUCAACCGGCCAUUAUCCAAUGGGGUCUUGAAAGAAAAUGGUAUGGUAAUCCACCUAAAGUUAACACCAGAAGAUGAAGGAACUGUUAUUACAUGUGAAGUAGAAAAUAGAAUUGGAAAAGGAAGUGCAAAUUUAACGGUGCAUAUUGGAAAGGCAGGCACAACACAGAAAGUACCACCUGGUCAAGGGCCAUCUUAUGUGAACACUCCACCAACAAUGACCGAGGAUUCUACAAUUCUGGCAAUUGUGGGUGUUAGCUUACUUUUUGUGUCGUUCGUGAUUGCUGCUGCACUUUGCUAUUUUGUGCUCUUAACCCCAACUCCACGCCACCCCUUGGACUAUACAGGGAGCAUUAUCCCACAACCAGACAUCUAUUUUGAGCCAAAGGAUAACAUAGUCGGUAGCUCCACAAGUACAGGCCAACGCCACGUUGGCAUCCAAGUGCCCGGUGGAGUGGACUCGGAACCGGUUUAUAUGGAAGUUCCAGGUUCAGACAAGGGAAGCCAAUCACAAUAUUCAACAAGUCGAUCUGUUUACGUAUGAUAACUCACAAUAUAUUGUUCUAUAUAUACUGUAAAUAAGACCAGAAACUGUGAACAUUAAGUCAAACAUUAACAACAAUUAACAGACAUUUAUAAUGUACUGGUAAUUAGUUGAAGAUGCUCAUAGUGCAACAAAAAGUCCGAGCUUCAAUUAUUAUUUUUAUGUAAUGUAUAUAAAGUAUAUAUUAUACGUUUUUACAUCCAUCCUGUAAGUGGCGAAAUAUAGCUGUGGAUUUGGAAAUAAUUAUAUAACAUAAAUAGAUUUAAAAAGGCUUAUAUCAAUAAAAUAAGUGACCAAAAAAAAAAAAUGCACAAAACACAUCAGGUCUGUGCCAUCAAUUACUUUCUUCUUUUAAUCUAAUAAAGUUUAAAGAUCAAAGUAAAGUAUCAUCUAUUCUGUACCCCUCAAUCAGUGGCAUAUCUGGGGUGCAUGCGGAAACACAUCCUCCCAAAAUAUACUUGUUAGCGACCCCACACCUAAUUAAGCUCCACCACUUCACCUUCGCACCACCCCAUUUCAAGACUACUUCGCCACUGUCAUCUAUUAAUUCGUUAUACCCACUUCAUAUUAUUCAAUUGAUUUCAAGCAAACUCAUUCUUUCGCAGUUUACAUUCCCCACAAUGCACUUUCACCUUCAUAAAAACAUAUCCCUUGAAUACAAAGUAAAAUAUAUUUGACCUAAACUUGAAAUAAUCUAAUGUACCUAUCAAUGUUAAAGAAUCUGUACCAAAAAGUCUUCACUUGUAUUUAAUACCAGCAUUGAAUUAUAUUUACAAUGAUAUCUUCUUGUAACUUAUACAUUUAAAUGACAAUUUGUUGAAUUAUCUUGAUUUAUUUAUUUAUUUAUUUAUUAUUUAAUUUUAUUUUGCUGCGCAUGGUGAUACCCAUCGGCACUGACUUCCGUGGGACAAUUUAUAAUAAAGUAGAAAAACCUGCAAAUAUUACAAAUUUGCGGGAGUUGGGUUAUUUCCUGGGAGCUUCUUGCUUGAUUGGGGGAGGCUGUCCUGAUCUCCGGGAGGCUCCUACGAGUUCCGGCAGACCUGGGACCCCGGUUGCUGUGUUACCUUUGUUCAGGGCAUGAAUGACACAAGCAAUUGUUGUUUUUUUUUUUUAUCAUACCUUAUUCAAUUGAUUUUUAAAAUAAAUUCUGUAUAGCUAUUUUGUGAUCUUUGAAUAAAAUAAAUGUUACUUUUGAUGUAUGCUUAAAUCUAAUAGAUAUCCCACUACUGUAUGCCACCACUGUGGCUUAGUGGAUAUACAUCCAAAUCAUCAUUGCUUGUCCAAAUUAUGCUGCUUAGCAAAAUGAAAAACACAACUGUAUGCUUUUUGAAAUUGUUCAAAUAUUUUUUAGUACAAAUCGUUUUUCUGUUUAAUUCUGUUUUUUUACUUAAUCACCAGUAACAUUAUAAGUAAGGAAGUCAGUAUUCCCUAGUCUUUAAUGACUUAUUCUUGUAAAGGGAACACUGCAUCUCUUGUUAAUAAAAAAAAAAUUAUGGUAUCAAUCACAAGAAGAUACGAAUGGUUUGGAGGAAAUAAGAUGUUCUCAUUUACCCUUGCAAUAUUUUGUGACAGAAUACUAGAGGUUUCAAAAUGUAUGCCUACUCUGUAUCUAGUAUUAUAUAACCCACAAAUAAUGCUGGUACUGACAUCUUUAAAUAUAGACUUUUCUGAUGCUAGCUGACAUGGUUUCUUCCUAUUGAUAUCAGUUAUCAAGAUUACUUACGUGGAUUCAAAAUUAUAAAUAGAUUUCAAGCAAAUUCUAUACUAGUUAUAUUGCUGAACAUGCAUUAAAAAAAUAACUGGGUUUCUAUUACAAUUAGGUAAAGCAACUGAAGUUAUGAAAUCCUACACAAGUAUAACUUUGGUAGAGAUACUUCUCUAAUAAUAAGCUGACCAUGCAAAGAUUUUCUGUGUAACAUCCUUGAAUUACCUUCCUUUUACCGUUUUAAACAAAAAUAUUUCUAUUGAAAUGUAAUACAGAUAGGAAAUACUCUAUAAAGUGAAAUUUGUAAUUUGUUAUUAAUUUUGAAUUUUCUAGAAUACUUUCACAAGUGUACCUUUACAUGAAUAUGAUAAUGUCAAAACCAUUAGCGAAGAAAAAGGCACGGUACAUGGGCAAAAGCAUCCAGCAAAAUUAAUAAGAAACUACUUUAGAUGUGUUUCCUAUUUGUAUUGUUUCAAUAGAAAUAUAUCUGUUGAAAUAAGGUUUUUGUAUACUGUAAAUUUAUGAUUUUGUUUGAUAUUCUUUGCUAGUGUACCAUUCCUGAAUAUGACAACGUCAAAUUGGUUUUCAUUAUGUUUUAACUGUUGAAUAUGAUGGAUAGAAAGUAUAAAUUAGUCUUAAAAUGUAGAUUAGCACCAAAACAAGGUCCAUUGCAUGAUGAGAAAAACCAAUAAAAACACUAAACAAAGCAUACUGUAUGCUAAAAAACAAAGAAUUGUUCAAAUUAAAACCAUAGUAAAAUAACACAUACUGUAUAAAAAUGUUUAAAAGCUCAACACUUAGAUCAAAGUAAAUUUUGAAAUAAUUUUCUGUUUAUGAUUGGUUAAAAUGUACUAAAGUACUUUUAAUUUCUCAUAAUAAAUUUUUAUAGUUUACAUAAUAUUUUGCAGUGUUGAAAAAUCCAUUGUUUAAUACAAAGUUUUAUAAUUUCAUAAUUCAAUUCGAAAUUUCUACAUUAUAUUAUAUAAAGUUUGUUUAUUAUAGUUUCCUUUUAAAAUACAUUAAACUGGAAAGCCUAUAUAGCAUUUCAGUCUCGGAAACAAAAGAAAAUUUGUGUUACAAAAUCAGCAGGUCUCUAAUCGGCAAUCUUAAGAAGGAAAGUUUAUCCGAAACAAAAACUAUGGGAGUCCUUAAUUAAGUAGUUAUAGGAUUUGUAUGGAACACAUCUCAGAAGCUUUUAAAGUGUUAGUGUAUUUAUGGAAACGUGCGACUGAUCCAAACAUUUAAAAUAAAUCUUGUAAAGUAACUAUCAGUUUUUUUGCUUUUUUCUUUUUACGAGAAACUUUAAAUAAUAAAUCUUGACCAGGAUGUUGCCAGGUUAACAGCAUACAGUAACAUUUUACAGAAAGGUUCACAAGCAGCACAUAACUAGUUAAACAUUAUUAUCACUAUUUUUUAUCAUCAUUUUUAUUAUCACUAGAAUUUAUAUUUGAGCUUUUUUAUUGAACAAAGCAACCAUACAGAAACUAAUAAAGGUGGAUAUAGUAAUGUCAUUCAUUAUCGUCAACAGUGGCAGAUCCAGCAGUGACGAAUACAAGAGGGCCUUGCCAGCCCGCCCCCCACCCCCCACCACACCACUAAAUUUUUCAAAAUAAUAAAAAUGGGAAAAAAAAAAAAGAACAUUAUAUUUUAAUUUAAAGUCUGGGAGUGCCAUUUCCGGCCAUCUAGCGGUGCCAUAAUCAUAAACUUUCUUAACUCAGCCCCAACCAUCGUGGCGCUGAUGUGAAAGUCCCUCCCUUGGCAUCCCUCUAUCUCAAAAUCCUGGAACCACCACUGUCCAGUAUUCGUUUUUGUAAAUUGUUUGUAGUACACAUUUUAAUAUAUCCCUACAAACUUUCACAUUAUAAUAAAUGAUAAAUAUCUAGAUGUGUUUGCUAUAGUGAGUUUAUUUUUUGGUUAAAAUUACUCAAGAAAAAAAAACAGUUUCUGAACUUUGAAUAAGAAAUUAAUUAAUUUGAUUUUCUUUAAGAAUAAGAAGUUCAAAAGUUCACUCCUUUACGCAUCCUUAAAGCGAAGAACAGUAGACGAUGAACUGGACAUUUAAUAGCACUUCGAUGAUUAUCCACUAGCUGUCAUCACAUCUUUAGAAUAGCACAUCAGUACUUAGAAGAAGAAGAUUUAUUCUCCUACUGCUUUCAUGCGGAAAAAACACUUCAAACCACUUUUGUUUUGUCAGAGUAGCAGUAUCAGUAAAACCUUCAUUAGCAAUAGAAAAGUAAACAGAAGAUUUAUGUAAUUGCGUUAUUGAAAGGUAACACUUAACGGCAUUACGCGAGCAAAGUGUUAUCUCUCAGCAUGCCGACAAUUUAAGGUGAUUUCACACAGUGCGAUAUCUCCCCGGGUGAGUUAUCUUUCCAAGGCCACCAUGCAAUAAAAAAUCCUGUAAAUCUAAAGCCAAUACGGCAAUGGAGAGCAGGGGUUUUCUAUGAGCAGAAUCUUUCAUUCACAUGUUUCAUGUUAAAUUUUCGAAAGUAUUGAUAACAGUUUGUUUUUGUCAAAAUUGUUUGUAAGAUAUACAAUAAAUAGAAUUAAUUUAUUAGUGGUAAAACAUGUCACAAAACAUUUUAAUGAAGGUUACAUUUUUUUAACUAUGUAUUCAUUCAGGCCUGUUACAGUAGAUGUCAUAAAGAACAGAAACAUUGACAAUUUGUAUUAGAGUACCCCAAUGAGCAAAUUCUCAUCAGAGAAAACCAAUUACUGUACUACAUUAAUGUUUUCCUGGGGAUGAAGAGGUUAGAGGUAAAGGAAGAGAUCUGAUGUGUAGCUAUAAGAAAUUUAAUGAGUUUUGGAUGACUAAUCAGGAUCUGGUCAAAUUUUGUUCUCUCCACCAUUUUUUUUUGAUAGGUUAUAUAUUAAUGUAUCAUCACUGCAUUUUGUAAAAGGAAUUCACAUGGUUAAAAUAUUGUGUGAGCAAAUAAAGGUAUUAUUAUUAAUUAAUAAUAACAACAAGAGUAUUUUAUUAAAGGAGUUAGUAUACUUUGUAUUAACAUAUUUGGUCAUUAAAUUAUAUUAAAAUUUCUUUAUUAUCAAGUGUGUAUGUAAUCAUUGUGUGAUGUUAUAUGAAUUAAUUAAAUAUAACAAAAAUAUUAUAAGACCAUCAAAGAAAAUGUUAUCAUAUUUGAAUUAACAAUUGGAAGUGCUCUUCUAAACAUAAGGCAACCCCUACUAUUAGUGUCUUGGAGGUCAAGAACCUUGGAUGGAAAUAUAUUCAAGAUUCAACCUGUAUAUUGCCAGCAUGGGAAAUUAUCUGUCUACAAUAAGCAAACAAAAAGUUCACAUAUGUAUGGACGUUCUAUAUUACAAUAGCAACUGUUUAUGCAUUUCUAGUGUAGGCUAUGGGAAUAAGGUACUUUUAAAGGACAGCUGGUAAAGGAAAUUAAUAUAAUGACUAACAUUUUCUAUAAACAUUAUUUCACAGUGGUAUAUCCAGGAAAUUUUAUAAAGGGGAUUCAUCCUCUGAACAAUGCAAGGCAAAAAACUAGGAAGAGAGUAUUUCAAUGGCUUGUGGAACCAUAUCGAUGAGAGCACAACAACAUACCACUCUUAAGAUUUAGAAAAAGAUAUUUUAAACAUAAUUUUAAGUUUAUUUGGUAGUAUCUUUGGUUUUUUUUGGUUUUAAGUUUUUCUGUUUUAAGUUUUCAUGAUAUGUAAAAGGUACAUAUAUGGCCUUGUAGAAGAAUCUUGGUGAUCGAGCUCUGUUGUAAAAGAAAGGUAUUAUUAUUAUUAUUAUUAUUAUUAUUAUUAUUAUUAUUAUUAUAGCUAUGACUACAUUAUAAAUUGGUUUUAUAAUGUCUAAAGUAACUUACCUUGCUAUUUAGUUGAAUGAAUUUACUAUUGUUUUUUUUUCCAUGUUUGAACAAAAAAAAAGGGAUCAUGAGCAGUCCCCUAGUUAUGCCACUGUUUCAAAUUAAAAUUGUUACUUUUGUUUCGAGGUGUUUUGAAUGAGUCUGGUGAGACAAAAUAUAGAUUUGUUGCACUGUAAUUAAUUUUAUUGAAUGUACAUCAAGGUUUAAUACUCAAAUGUCAAAUAAAGAAAAUGUAAUUAUACUGUAAAAAUUGUUCUAAUCAUAUUGAUUGUUACUCUCAAUAUGGAUUGUAAAUAAAAAGUACAAUAACUGAAA